AUGACGAAUCGGAGAAAGAAGAGGACGUGUCGGAAAUACGAUGUGUCGAAGACAAACGCAGUCAACCUCUUGGAUCAAGAAAGAAGCCCUGUAACUCCCAUCGUCAACAUUGUUGGUGACGUCAGGGACGAGCAGGCCCUGUCGGAGGCAUGCAGGGGCGUUGACGUCAUCAUCCACACAGCAGCUGUCAUCGACGUCACAGGGCGUGUCCCCGAUCAGGUCAUGUGGGACGUCAACGUAAAAGGAACUGAAACAUUGCUGCGAUGCUGUGAGAAAGUGGGCGUGCCUUUCCUGGUCUUCACCAGCAGCGUCGAAGUCUGUGGACCCAACAGUAGCGGUGACCCGGUCAGGGAUGGAACCGAGGACACUCCGUACAACCACACAGGUCACCGUUUCACCUACAGCCGUACAAAGGCCGAGGGAGAGACGCUGGUCCUCUCUCACAACGGUCUGGUCCUGUCGUCAGGCGUCACUCUGCACACAUGCGUCCUCAGGCCCAUGUAUAUCUACGGGGAGGGCGGACCGGUGGGAGUGUUCCCAGACUGGCGGUACGCUGACAGCCACGACGGGAAGCUUCCUCGCAUUUCGGCCAGGGGACCGAAGGUCCGACCGGUGUACGUUGGCAACGUGGCCUGGGCCCACGUCCUGGCCGCCCGAGAGAUCCGACGCCGGCCCGACGCGGUCGGAGGGCAGACAUACUUCGUCAGCGACGACACGCCCGUCAACGACUACUCCUCCUUCCAUGCCGAGCUGCUCUCUCCUAUGGGGUACACCAUUGACGACAAUACCCUGAUCCCCUUACGUGUAUGGUACGCAAUGGCUUUCGUGCUAGAAAUGAUGCAGUGGCUAUUGAAGCCAGUUUUAGCGUUCCGUCCGCCUAUAACUCGGGGCAUACUGCAGCUGUAUAACACUGCGUUUUACUUCAGAUACGACAAGGCGCGAAAGGACCUUGGAUACCAGCCACUGUUCGACUGGGAAGAAGCGAAGGAAAGAACAACUAGAUGGUUAAGAAACUACGAGAAAGAAUGGUGAACUAUGAUCUUGCUCUUGCUUCCUUUUGAUUUCAGAACGCUAUAUGAAAAUGUAUGUUCGGACCAUGUUGUUGACGAAAAGAAAGUGACAGUCCCGCGCCUUAAGAGGACCUUAUUUUAAUACAUUUCCUUAAACCUUUCACAUUUUUAAAUUGCUGAUAUCACACCACAAUAGGAUAACACAAUUAACACGAUGAUAAUCAUGUUUCCAAAAAAUAACUUUGAAUUUUUAGAUUUAACAUUUUCACAUAAUCAACAGGCAUUUAACAAUGCGCGACGUUACAAUUGAUGUCAGGGAGUCGAUACAAAUGAUUGACCAAUACGCAAUACAUUGCAUGUAAAAGAGUGAAUGUACUAAUGUAUAUACAUUUUUUGUAUAUAUACAUGUACAUGUCGGUACGAGUAUCUUAUGCUUGGAUAUCCGGAUGUAGGGUACCAAUCGGCAAUUACUAUUCUUAUACAAAGUUAUAGCCCGCAGAUUUCAGACAGGAAACUAUAAACAAUGGGCGUUUUGGUGUACAAUUUUAGAAGUUAACGACAUAUUUUCCCACAUUUAGUACAUUUGUAUCUGUAACGUAACGGUGGGUAACAAAAUCCCAAAGUCGUGUGAAAAUGAAUGAGCGAACUGAUGUGAUAAAUAAAAUCUACUUACAUACUGUCAACAUACUGAUACAGGAGCGUCAUCUUGCAUGCGGACAAUAUUAUUAUUACCAUUAUUCCAGUCAGAAAGAAUCCGGAGCUAGAAUUAGAUCAUACAAAUCUUGUGAACCUUCAUGGAUAGCUGUGUUGACUGUUGUAGGCUUUUCUUGCUUACAAUCGCCACGGCUAGGAUUAUGAAAUGAUUCCUGUAUUCAUCCAUUGUCCACAUAUGGCAAAAGUACCUGUCCUUGGUGCUGAACAGAAAUCCCAACUUGUAUGAAAGAGGGAAAAUAGUUCUCAUUAAAGACAUGUAGUAGAACAAUAUCAGUGUAUGUCUACUUAUCUACAAACGUUCAUUUUAGGUCAAUUUGGUCGACCUUUGUUCUCAUUGCGAUCGAUGUUAAAAGGUUCUGUUAUCAAACCAACGAAAAAAGGUCGUAAAUUGAAUCAUUGUAUGUCACAGUUCAGGGCCCUAGCCAGCGUUCGUUUUUCCGUCAAUUGACGGAAAUUUACUGCGUGUGACGGAAAAAAUUUAAAACGGUUAACCAAUCCGUCAAAUUUGACGGACAAAAAUCUGAUAAAUGCUCCUUGGUGGAAGCUACAGGCUGCUUGGAGACGCCGUCCACGGCCGUAAAAGCCACACACUGUUUGUUUUGCUAUUGUUAUGAUUGUUGAUAAUGUGUGUCGGUGCCCUUUCGCAUACGAUAAUCUCAUUAAAACCCGUUUUUCAAGGUCUCAGUUCAGUCUCUAUAACUCCUGGAAUAGUGUUUUCGCGACAAUGGGAAUUGGCUGACGGAAAAAAAUGUCAAGCUGGCUAGAGCCCUGAUGUCACUGGCAGUGAAGUAAUCACGAACUGUUAGAUCUACUUUCUAUACAACCAAUGUGAAGGAGAUAUAAACCGGGUAUAUCUAUCAUUCAUAUACAUGGUAGGAUUGCUAAUAGAGCAAUCGUGUGGAAUUUCUCUGUAGGAAGUGACCUUCGACCUCACUGAGCGACAUCCGCCGUCUGAGUCACGGCAGGGCUCGCCUCUCGCUUAUCUUUUCGUUCAAAAUUUCUGAAUUUUAGCUCUGAUCAAGAGCUUCUACCCAGUGCACAGCGUGUCUGAACUACUGAGGCACACGAUUCCGCCAGUAGACGAUGCGGGACCGCUGGAUUGCUCACGGAAUCGGCCGAUAAAGUGCGUCACCACGACGGGCGAGCUGUCCGAACACCACGCCAUGGCCAGCGUGCCAUCAAGCCACUUUCGACAGCCAGUAACUCGCUCUUCCUGAGGCUACGAAACAUCAAGUCACUGAAACUCUGUCCCAGACAACCUUGCAGAUGCUACGAAGGACUUGCCCUCUCUCAUCGGGGACGUACAGUCCUAUUGGAGACCAAACGUCGACCGCCCCCCACCCCAACAGUUCCACCGAAUCUUCUCGAAUUCUCGCGCCCUUCCCGUUCUCGCGAGACGUCCGUGAUUUCCCGUGACAAUCAUGGUUCCAUCAGCG